AUGGAGGAAACAUGCAAAACUCUUCGACAGUAUGGGAUGAAACUCAAUCCCUUAAAAUGCUUAUUCGAGGUUAAAGGAGAAAAAUUCUUGGGUUACCUGGUGACUGAGCGAGGAAUAGAGGCCAAUCCUGAAAAAGUUCAAGUGCUCAAGGAGAUGCAUCCUCCUCAGAAUUUAAAAGAAACCCAGAAGCUGGUCGGCAGAAUAACAGCCCUGUCAAGAUUCAUUUCCAGAUCUGCGGACCGGGCCGCUCCUUUUUUCAAGGUGCUAAGGAAGGCCUCCAAGUUCCAGUGGGAUGAAGAAUGCACUAAAACUUUUGAAGAGCUGAAGAAGUAUCUGGAGACUCUCCCCUCUCUUUUUAAGCCAGUUGUAGGAGAACCCUUAUGGGUUUACUUGUUAGCCACCCCUGAGGCUGUGGGGGCAGUGCUCGUUAAAGAACAUGACAAUGUACAACGACCAGUGUAUUUCUUCAGCCAUUUAUUGAAGGGAGCCGAGUCCCGAUACACGACACUCGAGAAGUUGGUUUACGGAUUGGUUCUUAUGGCUAGGCGGUUACGACCUUACUUUUUAUCGCAUCCAAUCACAGUCUUAACCAACAAUACCAUGGGAAGAGCACUGACCAACGUAGAAGUUGCAGGUCGGCUUAUCAAAUGGGCCACAGAGUUAGGAGAAUAUGACAUACAGUAUCAGCCUCGCACCGCUAUUAAGGCACAAGCCUUGGCAGAUUUCUUAACAGAGGUACAUCAAACCAGCCCUGAAGAAAUGUGGAAGAUCUAUGUAGAUGGGUCUGCUAAUCAUCAUGGAAGCGGGGUCGGGGUCUUAGUAAUAUCUCCUCAAGGGGAUAUACUCCAGGUGGCAGUGCGAUUAAAUUUUCGAGCCACGAACAAUGAAGCAGAGAACGAGGCUUUGUUGGCUGGACUGCAAGUAGCCCAGCAUGUCGGGGCAGCUCGGGUAAUCAUCUAUUCAGAUUCACAGUUGGUAACUCAACAGGUUACAGGCAACUUUGUUAUAAAUUGUGAUAAAUUGCAAAUGUAUCGGGAAGCUUAUGAGAAGAUGAAGGCAGAAUUUGUAGAGGUCACUGUAACAAAGAUACCCAGGUCGGAGAAUGAACGAGCAGAUGAAUUAGCAAAGAUGGCCAGUUCCUUAACUACUUGGGUACUGGAUCGAUCAACGGCACAAACCUUUCUGAUAGCCCAGAUAUAUUUGCAAAACAAUGCAGAAGCAACUAUUGAUUGGCGGGCACCCGUGAUCAGUUAUCUCCGGCAAGGUAUCUUACCUACAGAUCCCGAAGAAUCUCGAUUGAUAAGGAGGCAGGCUCAUGCUUAUAUCAUGAUUGGGGACCAGCUCUACAAAAGGUCCUUCUCGCGACCCUUACUUAAAUGCUUGAGUAUGGAAGAAGCUGACCAGGCCUUGCGAGAAAUACAUCUGGGAUGCUGUGGCAAUCAUGUAGGCGGUCGAACAUUAUCUCGCAAGGUGAUUUUGGCCGGGUAUUUCUUGCCUACUUUACAGAGGGAUGCCCACAAGUUGGUGAGCACAUGCUUGUCCUGCCAGAAGCAUCAAAACCUGACACAUCGACCUACGGCCCUGUUGAGAACGUCCAUAGUGUCCUGCCCUUUUGAUCAAUGGGGCAUGGAUAUCGUGGGACCAUUUCCGAUGGCACCAGGUCAGAGACGCUUCUUAUUGGUGGCUUUGGACUAUUCUUCUAAAUGGGUAGAAGUAGAAGCUCUGGCCCAGAUUACGGAAGAUGCUGUCAUUCAAUUCUUGUGGAAGAACAUCCUUUGUAGAUUUGGUAUUCCUCAUAAGCUGGUGUUUGACAAUGGAAGGCAAUUUCAAGGACAAAGAAUACAGGCCUAG